AGAGAGAGAGAGAGAGAGGGAGGAUUGCAGGUUGUGGACAUGGCUCAGGCAGAGUAAGGCUGCAUUAGCAAUGGGUGGUCAGACAGUCUGGGGUUUUCGAUGUUUAGAUUUUAUCUUCCUCAUGGGCCUCACCCUUUCUUGGAGAUGACUUUUUCUUCGGGGUUAAGUUCUUCUCGAAGAUGGAAUAAACAGUGGUUCUUAAGGUUGGCAUGUCCUGUGAAGGAUGCGUUGGAGCUGUGAAGAGGGUGCUCACCAAAAUGGAAGGUGUUGAAUCCUUUGAUGUGGAUAUCAAGGAGCAAAAGGUCACAGUGAAAGGAAAUGUGCAACCUGAUGCAGUUCUACAAACUGUUUCGAAGACUGGUAAAAAGACUUCCUUCUGGGAAACAGAAGAGAAGGAAGCUACUGCUACUGCCUGACCAUCCUAUGCACCAUUUCUUUCGCUUUUUGAAUAAUUUAGCUAUCGGUUAUGCCACAAUGAAUUUUAUUUGGAAGCUGUAAUCUUUAGUAUCUGGAGCUUUCUGCAGGUGAUAUUGUAAGACCUCAGACUUGGUUGUUUGUGCAAUUAUUAAGAGGGAAAAAUUUCAGUGCAUUGUGUG